AUGACAAUGGAAGAUCGCACGGGUGGCAUCGACCGUGCCGCCCCCGCCGCGUCGACGACGGCCACGACGGCGCUCACGUCGUCCAGCCCGUCGUCCGUCAGCGACGUCGCCCCCGACGCGUCGUAUCCCCUGCAGCGGGCCAGCAAACGUUCCUUCGACGUGGCGUUCCUGGUGGCGCCCGACGAGAACCUGGCGCGUCGUCAGAGCGAGAAGAUGAGGCUGGUGUCCGGCCGUAAGGACCGUCAUCGGGAGACAGCAUCGGAGAGGAUCGUCGAGGUGGUGGAUACGGACAGGCUGCCCCAAAACCUCACGAUCAAGAGCUACGAGAGCGACACAGGAGGCUCCGACAGGAGGAGGCUGAUGCAGUGCACGGAGAACUCGCUGAGUCCUCCGUACAUCUCCCCCAGGACUCUGACGCCUACUCUGCCCAGUCUCUCGCCCGACAACGACGCCCGGAGGUUCAUUCCCGGCUCCCGACUACAGAAAACACCCAGCCCCCCAGGAUUCGCUGGCCACCAGCCGCUGUUGACCUGUCCCGACACGGUGGAGCCGGUGCUCGCCUGCAACAAGGCGUACGAGUCCUCGAGCAUCACCUGUCCCGGCGACAGACACGAGUCCCGCAGCGCGUUCACGAAAGUGACCCUGUCAGGGCAGAGGAACGGGUUCAACGACGACGGCCAGACGUCCCCCAGGUCCUCCAUAUCGCCUGACGAUCGCGCCAGCUACCAGAGCAGCGUCAGCCCGCCGGUGGUCCCGUUCACCACCGCCGCCAGCUACAAAUACGCACCGUUCCCCGCGAAGAUGAGCUACCCGUUCCUGGUGGGCCCGGAGACCGGUCAACCGGACCUCCUGCAGAACCUCAAGAUACCUCAGAUCGCCCAGCCGCCCAAAGUACCCAGCCCAAAGAUGCCCAGCUUCCGGCCGGAUCUGCCGCCAGUCUACCCGAAUCUCUCCUACAAUCCGAUCUCCGUUUUCCCGCCGAUGGCGGACGCCCUCGCCAGGCCCCGUUUCCUGGCGACCGCCGCCGGAGUGGCGGGCCUGCUGCCCCCCUCCUUCGCCGCGCUGACCCUGCCGGCGCAGAACGUCUGCGCAAAGUGCAACCUCUCGUUCCGUAUGACGUCCGACCUGGUCUACCACAUGAGAUCGCACCACAAGAACGAGAACGUGGGCGAGUCCUCGAGACGACGGAGGGAGGAGAAGCUCAGGUGUCCCGUGUGCGACGAGAGCUUCCGGGAGAGGCAUCACCUCACCAGGCACAUGACCGCCCACCAGGACAAGGAGAGCGACGCGAUCGUCGACCAGGUAGAGGUCAAGAGACGAGCCACCACCGUGCACAGCAAGUGA